UAUAUUGAAAAGAAAAAUGUAAAAACCGUUGAAGUCAUUUAAAUUUUUUGCGUGGACUUAGUACUAUGACACUAGUUCUUCUAACAAUAUAUGUACAGUGAAUGCAGUGAAAAAGCGAUGAGGAGAAGAUAUCAAGACAAAAGCGGAGCAUUCUUUGAUAGUUGCAUCUCCAUCAACGAUUAUUUGGGAAAUGAGAGUUAUUUAUAACAUCGUAUAUUGCUUGUGUGUAUGCCUUACUGCGGUAACAACCCAAAAGUCAGAAUGUGAUGAUUUAAACAUAAAAUGUUCAUAUAGGAAUGGAAUAUUGACCAUUGAUUGUAACGUUGGCAAUAAGGAACUAGUGUAUUUCCGUAAAAACGAUGCAUAUAAAGGACACUGUUUACUGUAUCCCAAUGUUACCUGUUAUUCAAAUGUGAAUGACGUUUUCUUCAACCAGUCUACUCAUAGAGUUUAUUACAAAGUCGAAAAGUCGUCACCACAAAGUAUAAACGGAUAUUAUACUUGUUCUACUGGGAUUGCAAAGAAUGACCAAAGAUCAGGAGUUUAUGUUGCUCUCUAUGGAACACUACCACAUGACCACUUUGCGAAAAACACCAACCUUAAUGUUCUAGCUUACAUUAUUUUGUUUGGAGUAGUUAUAUUUAUAGUCGUAGCGAUUGGUGUUUGUGUUAAAUUCUACUGGGAAGGGUGCAGAAACAUUACGAAUUUUACCAUUAGCCUACAUCAUGUUAAUUUUUAUCGUUUACAACUGCCUUUUAAACAAACCAAUCUAAUAAUAUUUAAAGUUGUGAUGAUUAUAUCCUGCUUUGUAUGCAAAGUUUUAACGUUUAUUUUUCUACAAUACCUUAUUGACAACACGACAGCCCUUAGUUUUAUCUGUUUAUUACUGGGGAACAUUUUCGGCAUACUAGACAUCUUGAUAUUGGUAUCAAAGAAAAAAAGAGCUUCAAGGGAGACUCUCGUUUAAAAGAGAUUUUUCGCAGGAUUCCCGACAACAGUUCAGAACAAGAAGAAAGAAGCGGUCUGGAUCGUGUUCAUUCAUAUCAUUGUUUAUCUCCUCGGCAUAAUUCAGUGUGACGCUGACACCAUUAAAGAAAAUCUGCCUAUUCCAUAUGAUGCAUCAUACUCAGGUUUCUAGUAUGAAGUUACCACCACUCCGAUUGGAUGGAAUUCCUCAAACUCAAAGCUCAAUACAAUGACAAUAAGUCAUUUACCAUAUAUCAUUCAUUGAUAAAUCUUCAUACUUUCCACGAGAAUCGACUUCGAGGUUUGACGAAACACUAAAAUAUAAUGAAUAUCCUUGUGAUAAUAAGUUUGAGAUAGGUACAUAUUUAUGAGAAUUCGGUGGCAUGAUAGUUAUCGAAAAGUGAUUUACGUGCAUUUGUCACUAUUUGGUGGUAAUAAGUUUCAACAUAAACAAAAUGUCUUGAAACUGAGCAAUAGCUUUCCAAAAGUCACAGUAUUAAUAAUCGAAUAAAGUAUUUAUAUGACUGUGCAAAAAAUUUCUUUUGAUUUUUGUUUUGUGCAAAUACACAUAAACAAUAAACCAGUUUGGAUCAUACUAAAACCAGUUGAAUAUUUGAAAUCAUCGUUUACAGAAUAAAUGUAGAAAUCUCUUCAUUUUAAACUAGAAAAUGUGUAUAAAUGUAUACAUCUCACAAACAAACAUUGAAUUUAUGACUAUAAAAAUAAUAAUAAAAAAAAAAAAAUAUAUAUAUAU